GAUUCACAAUUGUUGCCUAGCAACAGCCAGUGCAUUGCCCACCAGUCGUCGUGUCUCCCCCUAGUUCAUAUUCUGUGUACUGCACCUUGGAGCCAGCGGGGGAAUACACUUAAAAAAAUGGAGGAAGAACCCAAGCGGGAGCCCUAUUAUAUCCCUGGUUAUGGAGGAUUUUACCCCCAACUAUGUUACCAUCUGGGCAACACCACAAGCCGCCUCCUUACACACCCCUCCGUGAUGAGAAUCCCCCCGACCCAACCCCCCACCCAGACAACAGAUCAGCCCCCAAAAUUACACCAUUCACACGCUGGCAGCUUAUCUACGGGCACAGGUGUGUUACCAGAGAUUUACAUUCCACCGGGAUAUACAGGUCACCAGCCUAUGUUGCAGUUUCGGCACGCUGCCUCCUUCAGUCGCACGGUCACCAAUGCAGUGGAUGACUUUUUAGAAGUUCGAUCAUCAGCGACCGGAUUGAAAGAAAAGCGUCCAGGGGGCGACGGCAGCGCAAAGGACUCUUAUACCACGAGACACUGGAAACCGAAGGCAGAACAUAAAUCCUCCUUAACUACUUACGUUAUGACACCGAAAAUAAACCCGCCACAUAAUCUGCAACGUAAUGCUAUACCAGGUUACACAGGCUUCAUUCCUCGCUACCACUGGAGUAUGGGUGUAGGUUUUGCACCAGGGGUUAAGGAGAGUAUGGAUGAAUUUGACCGGAGACAGAUUCAGAUGAGAUCUCCUCUCACCAGCCUGGAACAAAGAAUGAAAGAAACUUACUGGCCUAAAAGCAAGAUCUAUAGCCCCGCUGGCCUCUUGCCCAAAUACACAGGCUUUGUACCAGGCUCCAGGGACACAUUUGGCACAACCUAUGGAAACACCACUAGGCAGCUCUACAUCAAGUACCCUCUGUAAGAAGAGCCAGGACAAGGCAUUAUGAAAAAUGCUUUAAUGGUGGUGUGAAGUUCUGUACAGCACAA